CAAUACAUCCUUAUCGAAGAUCUGACAGAUGGAGUACAGAAACCGUGCGUUUUGGAUCUCAAGAUGGGCACUAGACAAUACGGUGUGUAUGCGACCAGAGAUAAGAUGCGCAGCCAGACCCUAAAGUGCGAGUCAUCGACAAGCAAGACUCUUGGGGUGCGUGUGUGCGGGAUGCAGGUGUACAACCAGCCGAGCCAGAGUUUUAAAUUUCAGGACAAAUACUUUGGAAGAUCUUUGAAGACCGCCAAUCAAUUCCGAGACGCGCUGGAGCGAUACCUGGACAAUGGUCAGGGCUGUCAGAUCCACCACAUUCCAUUUGUCAUCCGACGGCUGAUCGCACUGGCCAAGAUCGUAAAACAACUGGUCGACUACAGAUUCUAUGCGUCCUCGUUGCUGAUGAUUUAUGAUGGCCAGAAUCCACAGCGGCCGAUGGAUCUCAGGAUCAUUGACUUUGCCCGGUGUGUCAGUGCCGAAGACGUGCGCCUGCACAGCGAAGAAUUCACAUUUCCUCCGAGACACAAGGGACCAGACAAUGGAUAUUUGCUUGGUCUAAAGACAUUGGUUGUCUGCUUUGAAUUGAUAUACAAU